GUACUGUCCAAUUUGCAGGCUUAAAGCAGCAGCUGCAUACUGCAUCUCACUGAAGUAUUCAUAGAUCUUGACUCUUACAAACUUUGUACUUGUUGUAAUCGAAACUGGGGAAUUAUGAUGUGGAACAAUGGAAGAGGUGUCUACUCCAGAUAUGUAGCCUGUUUUUUUCUUCUGCAUAUGUUCGUCACAAAGGCAGUGCCUGAAGAUGACACUAUAGUUACUACUAAGAAAGGAAAAAUAAGAGGGAUCAACUUGCCCGUACUUGGGGGAACUGUGACAGCCUUUCUUGGAAUUCCAUAUGGAAAGCCACCAAUUGGUAGACUGAGAUUCAAAAAACCAGAACCCCGUGAGAAAUGGUCAGAGACUUGGGAUGCCACAAAACAUGCAAAUUCUUGUUAUCAGAAUAUAGACAAAACGUUCCCUGGGUUCCCUGGAUCAGAGAUGUGGAAUCCAAAAACUAAUCUUAGUGAAGACUGCUUAUACCUUAAUGUAUGGGUUCCUUCUCCCAGAACCAAAAAUGCAACUGUCAUGGUAUGGAUCUAUGGAGGUAGCUUUCAAUCAGGGACAUCUUCUUUGCCUGUCUAUGAUGGCAAGUUUCUGGCCCGGGUUGAACGAGUCAUCGUAGUUUCAAUGAACUACCGAGUAGGUGCAUUAGGAUUUUUGGCUUUACCAGGAAAUGAGGAAGCUCCAGGAAAUGCGGGAUUAUUUGAUCAAAGGUUAGCACUUCAGUGGGUUCAAGAGAAUAUAGCAGCGUUUGGUGGCAAUCCAAAAAGUGUGACUUUAUUUGGAGAGAGUGCUGGAGCUGCUUGUGUCAACUACCAUCUCCUUUCCCCUAAAAGCCAUCCCCUCUUCACAAGAGCCAUCAUGCAGAGCGGCUCUGCUAAUGCCCCAUGGGGCGCAAUAACAUGUUCUGAGGCGAGGAAUGGAACUUUGACCUUCGCUGAACUUCUCCACUGUUCUGCCAACAAUGAGACCGAUAUAAUUCUCUGUCUCCAAAACAAGGAUCCUGAGGACAUACUUGAGGGUGAAGUUUUCAUUUCAACACACAACUAUAUUGUAAAAGUAUCUUUCUGUCCAACAGUCGAUGGUGAUUUUCUUACAGACAUGCCAGAAACAUUGAUGCAACGUGGCAUUCUUAAACAAACACAGAUCUUAUUGGGAGUUAACAAAGAUGAAGGGUCAGCUUUUCUAGUGUAUGGGGCACCUGGUUUCAGCAAAGAUAACGAUAGCUUGAUUAAUAGGACAGAAUUUCAAGCAGGUUUAAGGCUGUUCUUUCCAGAAGCAAGUGAACUUGCCAUAGAAUCAAUCAUUUUUCACUACACAGACCUGGAAGAUGAGCAGAAGCCUGAACUUUAUCGUGAUGCCAUGGAUGAUGUUGUUGGAGAUUACAGUUUCAUAUGUCCUAUAGUAGAGUUCACAAAAAAGUUUGUUCAGUUAGGAAACAAUGCCUUUUUAUACUUCUUCGAACAUCAGUCUUCAAAACUUGCCUGGCCAAAGUGGAUGGGAGCAAUGCAUGGUUAUGAGAUUGAGUUCGUAUUUGGGUUGCCUCUAGAAAGAAGAGUUAAUUAUACCAAAGCUGAAGAAAUGUUGAGUAGAUCCAUAUUGAGAUACUGGGCGAGCUUUGCAAAAACGGGAACUCCAAAUGGGACUCUGAUUAAUGGAACAAAAUGGCCAAUCUUCACUAUCUCCGAACAAAAAUACUUAACUUUAAAUACUGAAGCUUCAAAGAUACGUACAAAGUUACGUGCUCAGCAGUGUCGAUUCUGGAAUAUAUUUUUUCCCAAAGUCCUGGAGAUGACAGGAAAUAUUGAUGAAGCAGAACAAGAGUGGAAAGCAGGAUUCCAUCGCUGGAACAAUUACAUGAUGGACUGGAAAAAUCAAUUUAAUGAUUACACUAGCAAGAAAGAAAGCUGUGGAGGUCUCUAAUUAAUAGGUUUACCCUUUCCAGAAUGUCCAUAUUACCCUUGAUCAAGUCAAACUUACAGGUAGCUAUCUAACAUGUCUUGCAAUAAAGUUUGUUGUACAGUUUAAACAAAAUGUCAUGGAUAUAAUAUUGAUUCCCCAGAUCGUUCAUUUAUAUUUUAACUCAUAUCUCAAUAAACAGUAUAAGGCAUUCCUACCCUUUGAAGCUUCAGAGUGUGUUAAACAAGACUAUAGAGAUUAACGCCUGAAGAUUAAUGAUGUACAUAUUAUCAUAAACACUAGCUGUUUAAAGUCUCACUUCAAAGAAACAAUGUAAUCUGUCACAGGAGGAUGACAUUUGUUUAGAAAUAUCAGUAUUUUAAUAUUGCCAUGCAAAGCACAAUUGGUUUAGACCUUAACUGCAAUGCCACAGCAUUUAAAAUCUUGCUCCACGUAUAAUUUAGUUAACAUAAGCGUAAAGAAAAAAUAACUUCACUGAACACAGCAAAUGUUAUUUGCUCGCUAAAGCAAAAGGGACUUAGGAAAGUUAAUACCUAAAGCAUUGCUCUUGCAAGGCCCAGUCCCAGAAAAUCAGCACACAGCUCAAGUAGACAUACCUAGUAUUCCCAAAGGGCUAAAAAAUAAUGCCAUUCUCUCCCCUGCACUACAGAGCAUCCAUGCAAACCAGUCAGUGUAGCCUCUUUGCUGCCUGUCACAUCAUUCUCAGGAGGUCAAUGAUGCUGAAAGUAAUAGGUUCAAAACUAGUGCCACCCCUUGUAUGGAUCUGCUCCCCGGUGCUUCCAAUAUUACCCUAUGCAAGACCCCUGGUGCAGCAAGGUUCUGAAUAGGGUGGACACAUAAUCACUGGGCAUGCCUCCUCAAUAAUCCUGUCCUGGCCAGCAUAGUGGAAACAGCCCAGAUUCGUUAUGUGAGGAACCCUCUGCAGCCGUAAAGACUUGACUCAACAAAAUGCCAGCUUGUUAGCUUGUUGGACAUCAGACAUAUAGCCCUAGUUUUCUUGAUUAGGUAGAAAGAUUACAGUCACUGAAACAGACUCUAUCCUUCAGCUUGGUCAGUUUUAUAAUGCCGAGCACAUGAAGAGUUUGCCAAGAAAUGUUGUAGACUCUCCGUUUUAAAGUGCAGGUUAGAUAAACACUUGCAUACAGGGAUAACCCUGCCCUGAGGCCCCUUCCGGCCCUAUCUUUCUAUGGCAAUAUGAUUAUUCAGUAGUAAUCAAUGAUGCCAUUAGGAGCUAAAUCUCCUCACUAGUCACAAAAUUGGGCUGCUUUGGUCUGUAAGAAAGGGCCCACAUUUUCUCAAAUAAAAAUCUUCCCCUUUUCUGUAAACUUUAACUUAAUAUUUUGGCAGUGUCAAAAGAAAAGCUUGGGUUGCUGUUUCUUACUUCUGCAGUUCCUGAUGUUUGGCUGGAAGGAAAGUACUUUAAGAAGUUUUCUUCUAGUUGGUCCAGUUGGAAGGAAUUAGUAGCAGCAUUCUCCUGUGUUCACAGGUUUGGGAGGAAUUCCAUGUCCAACUUGGUAGACUGAAGAGUUUGGAAAGGAUGAACAGGCAAAUUUCUGAUAGUCACUUGGCAACAUGAAACCUCUGGACAAAAGGACUGAUGAUUUUCUUUGCAGUAAGCACUUUAACUGCUAAAAGAUUUCAUCCUUCCAGUUAUAGCUGAGAGAAUGUAAUUGUUUCCUAUAGACCCUGCUGGAAGUCAAUUCCAGAAUUAUCACAAUUUCUAUAAAGAUUAGCUUCCUAGAAUACAACCGAGAACCAGUCAACCAUUUGGGAAGGUUGAGUUAUUGUCUGGGGUGCCCCUAAACUCUACAUAUUGAAUGUCCUUAUCAGAAACCAUGCACUUAUCCAAGUUAAUAUUUUAUUGAUGAUAUUAAUAGCAUGGGAAAUUUUGACAAUCUACAGAGUGCCGUUUAUUUACCAUGUGUUCUCUGCAUACGACUGACAGAUUGCUAAUCAGACCUUUGGGGAGCUUGAUAUAAGGCUGAGCCAUUGUGCAUCGUCCAGCUGAUUUUCUUGAUUUUGUGGGUUAUUUUUUCUAUUCACUUAAUAGGUGUAAUUUCAAAAGUGCUUAGUAUUAACCAACUCUGCCAACAGUGAACUUUAGUAGGAGCAGUGCAACUCUAAGCACUUUUGAAUAUUGCUCUCUCAUGUUGUUUUUAUCCUUCUUGCCAUUUCAGUUCAUUUUUGAGAGAAACAAGAAACACAAAAAAUCAGGGAUAGCUAAAUAUACAGGUAACUUUGCAUUUUUAGGGAGUUUAAGAGAGAUUUGUUUUCCUCUGUGUUUCUUAAAUCAGGACUGGUUAAGGCAUAUGUAAAGAAUGAUUCUCUUUCUACAGUUUGUAGUUAAUCACUGUAAUACGCAACCUGAAAGUAUGGUUGUGGGCAGGGAGAGGGAAGAAAAACAGAAUAAAAUAAAAUAUAAACCCACUCA